UUUUGACCCCAUGGGUCCCGUUUGGACGCCAUGGACCUGACGCUGCCUCGAGCGCUCGCCUUGCUGGGCACCAAGGAGAUUGGGCGGGUGUUGUGCACCUCCAGAGACGCCACUGCCGGCGCAGCGUGGCAGGAGCUGCUAUUGUCACAGCGCUACAUCCUGUUGCUGCAUGGAGAGCCACAGGGCAGCUCCAGCCUUGGUGUGUGGCGCGACUUAGCGCGCUCGAUCUUCACGGGACAAGACGUGCCGCAGCACGAGGCCCCUUGGAUCUUUGACAACGUCCGGGAGUUGGAAAGCCUGAGCUCCAAAUGGCGCGGCUGUCCCGCUGCAGAUCUGGCGGGCGUGGCUCUCUUCAAGGAGCUCUACAAGCAACACGAGGCCAGCUUCGGUCGAGAUCCCUUGAGCACCGCUUUUUAUCGAGGACACCUCCGUGCGCUGCGCCGUAGCCGGGCCAUGGCCGCGGUGCCGCUGACCUUUCGCUGGACCUCGGCGGAUCCCCGGAGUCAGAGCUGUCGCAUAGGCUUACCGCGUGGUGGCACGUUGCAGUUGAGAAUGGAGCAAUGGGACGAGUUUUUCCAACUCCAUGCAGAAGUCAGAGGUGAGUCGAAGCACCUCUCGCUGCUGCAUUUGUCGGUGCUGUCCAUUGAGCCCAACGCGCCCUUCAUUAUGUCCCUGCUGGGACGCAAGAGGAUCCCCUCCAAGUGGCUUCGGCCCAUCGCCUGGCUGCUGCCCGGCUUCGAUCCGCUGCCGCGCUGGUGGCCCGCCUUCGGCGGGGCCCACGGCGGGCAGGAUGGCGCAGGCGGUCCAUGCCAUUUACAGAUGACGUCCAUGCGCGCGUUGUUAGUUUUAAGGUCUGCUGAAGCCCGGGAGAAUGUCCCCUGGGUGGGUGAGCUCCAAUCUUCUGAGGAGGAAUCGAGCAAUGAGCCCUCCACGACCUCGCCAAGCGAGCCGUCCGAUCUCAGCUGAUGCCG